CACGUGCGUCUGAGCGUGGCCUAACACAGCGGCUCUCAAACAUUGUAUUAAAUGUAUGUAUAAGUCGCCCGCCCUGCUUACCGUACGAACAUACGUUCUAAGUAAUACGACAUUACGUAUAAGUCUAUUAGGUUAGACCCUCAGAAAGUUUUCAAGGAAAAUCCCGAAGCACGGGCUGAAUAAUGUGCUCAUUAAACAGCCCCGUGUCAUAUUUUGACGCUUUGAUCGGAGUCACAUGACUCGCACCGGCCGGCAUUCUAUCGCGCCGCGCAGAAUUCAUCAGAAUGGCUGCAAAGCGCUCGCUGUGAUGACGUGUGCACUACUUUAUUCUAUAUGCAGUUGAAUACGACCAAAACAACAAUUUAUAAUCGUAUUGUUCGCAUCAAUUGAAAAUGGAUUGCAAAGAUUUAACAUAACUAAGUGUCUGCUUUAGUGUUUUAUUUGCUUCGGCGGAAAUGUGAUAAAGUUUUCGAAUAUUAAAUUAACAAGUGAGUGUUGAUUUUGUAAAAAAAAUAGAACAGUGAGUGUUUUUUGUUUUUGUUGUGAUACAAAGUGAAUAUGGAAACACGACAUUAUUGGGAGGAAAACGGACAUGCCGUUAAAUACGACAAUUACAACUCAAACGAUGGUUUCGGUCGUGUGUCGGGAGAGCAGCUCAGCUUCGCGGCGCCCUCCGAGGACGAAGCCGAGUACCCGCCCGGCUCCUACCUCAAGAAGGGGAAGGUCUCAAGGUUUGGGACUCGGGUCAAUUCGAAUCCCGAAGCGAUGCAGAGCAUACUCCACUUCGCUGCUCUAAAGCGGGAGAUAGACGCUUUGUGGCCGAACCGAUUGCCAGCUGUUCGCCCACAGCAAGAUCCGAUGUCGCACCGGAUCAUUGAGAAGAGACGCCGCGAUCGGAUGAACAACUGCCUUGCGGACCUGUCGAGGCUCAUUCCUCCGGAGUACCUGAAGAAGGGCCGCGGUCGCGUCGAGAAGACCGAGAUCAUAGAGAUGGCGAUCAGGCACCUCAAGUACCUGCAAGAGCGGGUCAAUGCUGCUGAACGGACGUCCGGCGAGGAGUACAGGGCUGGUUACCAGGAGGCCGUGGCUGAAGCCGUGAGGUUCCUCGUCGAAGUCCAGGGCUACGGACCGGGAGACGGACUUUCCGUGUCCAUGACGUCGCAUCUGCAGAGGCAUUGCGAAGCCAUUACUAAAGGCGAACCGGUGCAUCGAGAGAAGAGCCGGUCACAUCCCGGGGGCUCGUCCUCGGAGACAGCCAGCUCAUCCAGCAGCUCCCACGGGUACGCGGUGAAGGUUAUAGCCAGCGCGCCGCCGCCAGCGCCGCCCACCUUUACCCAGGAGCCCUACGACGAACGACCUCCGGGACCUUACUCUAUGGACUGCGAUAGAGUUCCAGUGAAUCAAGUGUCUGGUGCCGAGGGUGAGGCAGCCCGGGAGGGUCGGGACGCGGAGCUGGUGACUGCGGACCCCCGCCGCAAGUGCGAGCCCACACUACGGGCUAUCAGGAAGCCGGAACACACAGAAGACUAUCUACACUCAUACAAAUUCAAGAAUUCUAUUGAAAGGCGAUUUUCGAGAUCGCAGGAUGAGGCAGCUGAGCAAGCGGUGCGCAUCGGUCACGGCCGCGUGUACUCACACAAGCGCCGUCGCGCCGCCAAGCCCGCGCCCUCCACCUCCACAUCCGCGUCCGGCUCCACCGAAGAAGCCCGGGACACAUCGCCGCAGGACACGUCUAGUGAUUCGCCACAUCAUCACCAUUACGAGAAACCUCCGCCUCCGACGCAAUACGUUCCGGUAUUCGCAUUGAAUGCUCUAGGAAAAUAUUACGUGCCACUGAGUGUAGACUACGCAUGCUUGGCGCGUCACCUCGGGCCAUAUGAUGUACUAGACGCUCGCGCGGUACAUCUCUCUGCUCCGUUGCAUCCUGUUACCAUCCACGUCAACUUCCAACCGUGCCUAAACUAUCACGUCAAGCGAGAACCAGCCGAACGCGAGUGGCGCCCUACUUAAACGAAGGUUCUGAACACUGGACUGUUUGGUUCAAUUACCUUUGCCGAGUGACGAAGAACUUUGACGUGAAUAUUGGCGGGAAAUUUAAAAUAUUUUUUUUAGUGCAGUUAUCCGCCUGUACCGUUGAAAACGCGUUUAUAUUGUUAUGUAAUGUUACGUUUUAGUGUUAAGUUUUUGUUAUAUAACGUUGAAUGAAGCGUCAUAUUAUUUAUAUAAAAUCGAUAAACGGUUUGAUUUGCAUUAACGUUACUUAUGGUUUCCGUGUUGAACCAUGAACAUUCCUGUGAAAUUACAUGGUAUAUAUAAUGGAAAUACAUUUGCAAUUUGGUUAGUCUAGUCAAGAUUUAAAAAUUGUUAUAAACUAAAUACCUACAAUUGUUGUUAAUGCUUUUUAUUUUUUUAACUUAUCUAAAACAUCGACUCUGUUUCCAGUCUAAUUCAUUUAUUUAUAUGAAAUCGGUGCCAAAUGUGUAUUAAUAUAUGCUAUCGAAAUUUUAAGUUGUGUUCGCGUAUUUGUCUUAUUUUGUCGGUAAAUAUUAUUUUUUAGAUAAUCGAUAGACUUAUACUACAUUGAUGGGGGUCGAGUUUCUUGGAGUCGAGCGAUUCAGUGGUCUUAGAUACGGCUGUGAUAUAAACGUACAGAAUGUAGACUAAUAAAUAGAUUUAACGGUGUCUUCAUAUAUAUUAUGGCUUCUGAAAUAGAAUAAAAAAACAUUUUUUUAACAAUAGUUUGUUAUAAAGGAUUUUAUAUUUAAAUACUUUGUUAUUCCAUACAUUUGGGAAAUUGUUUAAAAUUUGCAGCUAGUUCAGAUUAUAACCAUACGGGAACAAAAGUAGUCUGUAUUGUACAAAUAUUAAGUUACAAAUGUAUUUUUUUUUUGUAUUGUAUUUGGCAUAGAAUUUAUUAAUAUGUAUGUGCUUAAAUAACUGCUCUCCAUUAUUUGCAUGAUGGAGAAUAGGCUUAAGAGUAUAAGAUACUUUAAAUUGAAUAUGUAAGCGUAGCAGUGUUCAAAUUACAAACGUCCAAAAAUGGCUCUGAGCUAAGAUGUACAGAUGGAUUUUAAUGUACAUUUACGAAACUUUUUCUUAUAAAGUAAUUUGAAUCAUAUUAAUGCAGAGCGAACUGUAUGCAUCACGAAACUAAUUAUGUACAUUUUGCAUAAUGUCGCUGUCAAACCUAAAUCUGUUAUGUGCAAGAAUUAACGAGUAAAACAUUUUCGUAUAAAAUUUUAUAUGAGUAUGAAUUUUUAAGAACUACAUCAAAUGAAAGCUAUAGAUAAAUAUUAAAGAUACAGACACAUAACAGUUUUUUUAUACGGUAGAUAGGGGUGUGAAUCAUACGAAAAGGUCAAAAAGUAAAAAUCUCAAAAAGUGCACAUAGCAGAUUUUGGUUUGAAAACGACGAUAAGUUAAUGUCAUAGGUAGAUUGAUUAAAAAUGUAUGUACCCAACAUACAAUACUGAGAAAAACAUUGUAUCAGUUCUGACGUGAGACCGGAGUUUACCCUUUAGAAGUGCUGCAAUCUUGUCAGAUACAUAAUAAUAUAUCGCUAUGUUAAGAGUUAAUAAAUUUUGAAACAUUCUGCUUAAAUAGCGCUAACAGAAUAUUAACUUACUAAUUUAAGACUAAUAAAGUUAACAUAAAUGACUCUUAAUUAUUAUUUAAUAUUUUCGAGAAUACGGUUACACGUGAGGUAAACCGAUAAACCGUUAAUAUAACUCUGAACAGAUCUAAAAUAUAAUUUCAAUUUUAGACAUUACUACAGAUUUAUAAUAAAGACAUGUUUUUUAAAAAUGCCUGUCAUUAUUUUAUGUCGUUUCUUUUAAAAAAUUAAUAAAUAUGACGUUAGAUAAUCAUGCCAAUUGAUUACAAUAUGAUUUGUUAUUUAAGUGUCAUAUCAAAACGUUUUUUUGUUAUCGCUUGGUUUUACUGCCACCUAUCAAAUUCAAAUACGAGAGAGCUAUGAAUGAAAUCGAUUCAUAAGGAGUAAACUCCAAAAAUUUGUUCUAAAAAUAGAAUAGAUAAAUAAAUGUAUAUAAUAUACAUUAGGCAUUCAAUCUUAGAUUUUCUAUAUAACGUCUAGAUGCCAUAUAUUACUAAAAAGUAACAUAAAAAAGAAAGUUUGGAUUUAGGACAGAAAUAAUCAAUAUAAUAUGAAGUUAAGCCUAUCGGAUAGUUAUAAGACUGAAAUUUUAUUUAACUGAAGAUAUCGUAAUCGUAUUUUCGUAUCAAACUUUAAUGUUUCUUAAAGAAUUUUGAGAACAUUUUGAUAAGCAAAUUGUUAUAUAAAAUUUGUAACUGUCACAAUAUGAAACCGAUGUUCAUGUUCCUAAGUCAAAAUAUUUUUUUAUUAAGAAAUACGGUUUGCUCAGAUUUUUAAAAUAUAAAGGGAACUCUAGUUUCUUUUCAAAUAUUACACGGUAUUAUCAGGAAAAUAUAAUAAUGAAUUUUCACGCGAAUCGUGUAUGAAAGAAAUGUAUAUAUAAUAAUUAAAAAAACCUAGUCUAAGUUUUAAGGACCAAUGAAAGAUUACGAGAUAUGUGGAUCGGCGGGUAAAAUAAGAUAAAUACAGUAAGUAGCUAUGUAAAUGAAUGUAAAGAAAGAACGUUUUUAUAAGAACUGAGAACAAAUAGUUUAAGACAAAUAAAUAUUUGUUAUGUA